AUGGAAGUGCAUUUUUGGACUUGUUUCUUCAUCAUUCAAAUUCAUUUAGCAACGAGUACGAGAGACCAAGAUCCUGUAAAAAGGUCAGAUGAUAGCUUAACAGAAACAAAUCAAGAUGAUAAAAGGCCUUUAGAUUUGUUAAUGAAUCACAAUGAAGGCAAAGAUUAUUUUUUACCGGCGGUUUUCCCAAGCAACGAAGAUAUAGACGACGAGGACGAGGAGGAUGAAGACGAUCAUUCGUAUUUAGAUUAUGAUUAUGAAAAUAAAGAAACAAAUUACAAAGAUUCCCCGGACGUAGUUACAGCAAGAAGUAAUAUCGAAGAUGUUAUACCGAUAGAUGAUAAGAUACCUUUGCACACAACUAAAGAUAACCUGCCGGUUUUUCUUUUGGAACCAGAAAAUACUUAUGUUGUUAAAAAUAAACCAGCUACACUUAAAUGUCGCGCAGCAAAUGCUUUAGAAGUAUACUUUAAAUGUAACGGUGUCAAAACACAGGCGCUAAAUUUCGAAUUCGUUGAUCCGCAAACCGGGGUGCGGAUUAUCGAGGGUGAAUAUAAAGUAACAAGAGAGCAAGUAGAAGAAUACUUUGGUAGUGACAAAUAUCAAUGUUCGUGUUUCGCUUGGACAAGCCGGGGACAGAUAAGGAGUCAGCCAGCGACGAUAGAGCUAGCUUAUAUAAAGAAGCAUUUCUCAGUGGCUCCACAAUCGCAGUUAGUCAAACAAUACGCGCCGGUGACAUUCAGAUGUGAACCACCUCAAGCUGCACCCUUCGCACAACUAUACUGGCUAAAGAAUGGAGCUCCAGUUACAGUGGACGACAAUGUUCAAGUAUCUAAGGAAGGUGACUUGGUCAUCAAACAAGCGUCGUUGCUGGACAUGGCGAACUACACCUGCGUCGCCGAGAAUCUCGCUGGCAAGAGGAUGUCCGAGCCAGCUUUGCUUACUGUGUUUGUUAACGGCGGUUGGACUGCUUGGUCUGCGUGGGGAGACUGUUUUUGUGCAGGACAAGUAAGUGAUAGAAGUGGACACGGUAGAAGGCGAGUUAGAAGUUGUACUGCACCUCGACCGUUGAAUGGGGGCCAGCCAUGUAUAGGACCUAGCGUCCAAAAAACGCAAGAUUGCUUAGAUUGUGACUUGGAUGUGUACGUCGAUAGUUUAGACGAGCUGGCCGAUGAAUCAUUAGAUAUUGUAUUAGGUCGUUGGUCUCAAUGGUCAGAGUGGUCUAGAUGUGACUCCGAUUGCCUACACACAAGGCGACGCAAGUGCAUAACAAGUACUCCGUGUUUAGGCAAGGACUAUCAAGUGGCGCAGUGCAAAAUGUGUGUUAGGACCUCGAAAUCUGAUAUUAUACAUGAUGGUGCAUCGUACUGGCCACUUCUGAUAGCGCUGUCUAUAGCGUUCCUCAUUUUCAUUGUCGUUGUUAUCUUGGGUAUAAAAUAUAUGAAGAUACGUAUGGCUGAAAAUUCUCCUUACGUAAAACCACCACCUGGUACAAAUUACUUCGGUAAUGUAAUAAAGCGAACACUAACAAAUCAACCAGACUUGACUAUACAUGAAGAGUUUCACACAGUCGAUUCCAGGCGCACGCACAGACAGACAAGCAUGACGAGUGCAAGAAACGAACAUUUAUAUGAAGUACCACAACUGGCUAAUAGUUACAUGUCCCCAAUAGAUCACGAGGUAAGAACACAGGAGAGCUUCGCUUGCAAGGACAAGGAGUCAGACCGCUCUGACUCCAGCUGCUUUAUGAGCUCGGGAUCGUCGUACGGCAAUGAAAGUGUAGAAAUGUCCCCUUCGCUCAAAAACAAUGCUUCAGUAGACUCAAAAUUUUUGAAUUCACAAUAUUUAGAGACCGCUACGUCAAAAAUUGUAAAUAGCGACGGCGAUUGGCUCAAUUUGGAUAAAUGUGGCGUAAGACUGUUUGUCCCUGAUGGCGUAGUUGAGAAAGGAGAAGAACUAUUUUCUAUAGAGGUCACGGACGAAGAAUGGAAUAAACCGAAUUUACAAGAGGGUGAAACGCAGCUCAGCCCUAUAAUAAGAUGUGGGCCAAAAAACUUUCACUUCUGCAAGGCCGUCGUACUUACAUUUCCACAUUGUGCCGCUUUGAAGAACUCAAGUUGGGUAUUGUCGAUUUUACAAAAACCUGAAGAAAUUAAUUCGAGGGAGUGGAGAAAAGUCCUGACUCUCGGCCAAGAAACUCCUGGAACACCCAUAUUUGCACAAGUCGAUCCAUCAAAAGUGUACCUUGUGUGUGAAUUCCUAAGUGACUUUGUUCUCAUUGGAAGAAGUUUCAGUGCUUUAGAUGCGAAAUUGUUGAAAUUAGCCCUCUUCCUAAGCAAACGUACCGACGGUUAUUAUAACCUCCAUUUGCACGUGUUUAAUGAUACGCCAUAUGCGUUCUACGAGUGUUUUGAAAGUGAAAGACGCGCGGGAGGUUUCCUUCUCUGUGAUCCUAAAACAAUUUACUUUCAAGAGAAUUGUUCCGAUUUAUGCGUCAAUGUUAGAGAUGUGGGAACGGGAUGGAAGAUACAAUCUGGUGGGAAGUACCAAGAGCUUUCGUUUUCUCAUAUUUGGAACAUGAACAUAAGAUCUCUUCACUGCCAUUUCAUUUUGAAACAAACAGACGCGAUAAAUUGCUUAGAAUUAAACAUCUCCGUUUAUCAAAAACAAAAGCAGUCCAACUCGAUAACUUUCAAUUUAAAAACAAACGAUUUUAAUUCGAAUUUCAAUUGUAAUAAACGUUUCAGCUAUUCGGGCGUGGAAAUGGGUUACAGCGUUAAUAUCCUUGAAAAUCCAUUCAAUUAUUCAUCGUUAUCGAAAAAAGAGGGUCGAUAUGAUUUCGUUUAUAGAAACAAUUCGCAAAGAAAUAGUUUUACGGUUGACAAUAAUUAUUAUAGGACGAAUAUUUUGACUAAAUCUGAUAGAGUUAUACUUUGCAAACUGUUAGAUUGUCAGACGACGAAGGGCAACGAUUGGCGGCUUCUCGCGGAGAAGUUGAAGCUGACUUCUUUCUAUUAUUAUUUCUCGAACACAUGUUCUCCAUCUGAGAAUAUCUUAAAUUUAUGGUUAUGUAGAAACAACGAUGUUAAUAUGUUAGUUAAUUUGUCACGGAUAUUCAGGGAAAUGUCUAGGAUCGACUGUGCGACGGUCGUCGAGAGGCGUUGCUUUCCCAAU